GGCUGUGGAUUCUGGGAGCACAAACACACACAUCAGCCAUUUUUCAGUUUGCUGUGCUCAUCCUUUCACUUCAACACGAACAUCCUCACAACGCAGAGCUGAAAGGGACGUGAAAAUGGACGAAGCGAAAGCGGGUCAGCAAACGCACGGGCGGCGGUUUUGUUAAUAAUAACAACAACAAACAAACGCUCGAUGGGACUCACACCAUAUACCUGCAAAAUCGCUUUUUGGACCGAAUCUGGACAUCUCUGAAUCCAUAAAACCACAGCAGGAGUUGGAAACCCAUCCAUAAAGCAGCUUAUAAAAGCAGGUGUGUGUGUGUUUCAGUGGGUGAUGUCCACCAUGGUUUACCCUCGUGACGAGGCUCUGGAGCGGCUGACGCAGGAUGAUAUCGUGCUCAACACUAAAGCGGUGAUGCAGGGUUUGGAGACGCUGCGAGGGGAACACGCUCAACUCCUCAACACCAUCCUGGACUGCAGUCAGCCAGCCGGGGCGCAGGAGAAAUCCAGACUGCUGCGCAAGAGCCUGGAGGACAUCGAGCUGGGCCUGGGGGAAGCACAGGUGAUCAUCGCUCUGUCGGGUCACCUGAGCGCGGUGGAGUCAGAGAAGCAGAAGCUGCGCGCUCAGGUGCGUCGUCUCUGUCAGGAGAACCAGUGGCUUCGGGACGAGCUGGCGAAUACCCAACACAAACUGCAGAAGAGCGAGCAGAGCGUCGCACAGCUGGAGGAGGAGAAGAAGCAUCUGGAGUUCAUGAACCAGAUCCGCAAGCUGGACGAGGACACGUCGCCCUCUGAGGAGAAAGCUGGAGAGAAGGAGAAGGACAAUCUGGACGAUCUGUUCCCCAACGAUGAUGACCAGGGGCCAGCUCAGCCCAGUGGUGAAGUAGCGGCGCAGCAGGGCGGAUACGAGAUCCCGGCUCGAUUGCGGACACUUCAUAACCUGGUGAUCCAGUACGCGUCUCAAGGCCGAUACGAAGUGGCUGUGCCGCUCUGCAAACAGGCACUGGAGGAUCUGGAGAAAACAUCAGGACACGACCAUCCUGAUGUGGCCACCAUGCUCAACAUCCUUGCCCUAGUCUACAGGGAUCAGAAUAAGUACAAAGAGGCAGCUCACCUGCUGAACGAUGCUCUGGCCAUCAGAGAGAAAACUCUGGGUAAAGAUCAUCCUGCUGUGGCCGCUACGCUCAACAACCUCGCUGUACUGUACGGCAAACGUGGAAAACACAAGGAGGCCGAGCCGCUCUGCAAGAGAGCACUGGAGAUCAGAGAGAAGGUUCUGGGUAAAUUCCACCCUGACGUGGCAAAGCAGCUCAAUAACCUGGCUCUGCUGUGUCAGAAUCAGGGGAAAUAUGAGGAAGUGGAGUAUUAUUACCGCAGGGCUCUAGAGAUCUACGAGAACAAACUGGGCGCUGAUGAUCCAAACGUGGCCAAGACCAAAAACAACCUGGCCACAUGUUACCUGAAGCAGGGCAAAUUCAAAGACGCAGAGACGCUUUACAAGGAUAUCUUGACCCGCGCACAUGAGAAAGAGUUCGGAUCGGUCAACAAUGAUAACAAGCCAAUCUGGAUGCAUGCAGAGGAACGAGAGGAGAGCAAGGGUAAGAGGAAGGACUCUGGUCCAUACGGAGAGUACGGCAGCUGGUAUAAAGCCUGUAAAGUGGACAGCCCGACUGUGAACACCACACUGAAGAGUCUGGGUGCUCUGUACCGCCGCCAGGGAAAACUGGAGGCUGCAGAGACGCUGGAGGUGUGUGCCACCAAAAACCGCAAACAGGGCAUCGAUGUGAUUAAUCAGAGUAAAAUGGUGGAGCUGCUGAAGGAUGGAGGUGGUGCCGGAGGAGACAGACGUCAGAGUCGGGAUGGAGGGAACGGCCCUGGAGGCCCACGAGGAGACUGUGAUGGAGACGAAGCUGAGUGGAGCGGGCCUGUGUGUGCAGUGGUUAAGGUUGAAGCUGAUGAUGUUUUGUGGACUCAGGAUGGUAACGGUGGCCUGCGCAGGAGCGGUUCGUUCGGGAAGAUUCGUGAAGCCCUGCGGCGCAGCAGUGAGAUGCUGGUGAAGAAGCUGCAGGGCAGUGGCCCACAGGAGCCUCGCAACCCUGGGAUGAAGAGGGCCAGCUCCUUAAAUUUCCUCAACAAGAGCGCAGAAGAAACUUCACAGGAAUCUAACAGCAGUCUGUCAGAAUCCAGAGGACUGAGCGCUAGUAAUGUGGACCUGACCAGACGCAACUCUCUGAUCAGUUAGAAAAACCACACCUGGACGUGGGACAAGUGCUGUUUGCUACCUACUUGAAUCGAAAAUAUUAUAAAAUGAUCCUCACUCAAAAAACAUUUCCUAAGAAAAAGAAAAAAAUGUCUUUUAGUUUCACAUGGCUUGCGAAACCUGGCCUACGUCUCUGCUUUUGCCAUUAGCGACACUCGACGAAUGCAAACGUACAAAAAACAUAAACGUAGCACGCUACCAUUUACUAUACCACAAACUCCAGAGACAUCUAGUGGUCAAGUUAUGUCAAAGCAUGGCAUCAAAAUCACGUAGUUUAGCAUACAGCGAUCAAAUACUGUCUGUACGAAGCAUACGUUUUCGCUAAUAUCGACGCUGUGGGUUUGUCAUUUAGGAAAGUUCAUAUAUAAAUAUAGUCGUAAAUGCAAACUCGAUUCACAAAAUGACCUCACCAAGCGUGGAAGAUGAUAUUGCGAAUGCACUUGCGAAAAAUACAUACAUACAACAGGUCAGAGGUCACGAGCACUGACUGGUACAAACCUCACGUUUGCCUUCUGAGUUUUAUGUAUAUAAUGAUUUAAAUUAUUUAAGGUCUUUUUGUUUCAUGAAAUUAGCGCACAAGGAUCGUGUUUACACUGUAGCUCGACGUCUGUCCCCUGGAGCGACUGGAAAACCUGUACGAUGAAGGAUUCUGCUUUACAAUCUCACGAUUUACGUUGAGCUCCUAUUUAUUAUUUGAUGCAAAAUUCCUAAUUCAACAUUGCAUUGUUUACUUGACUGUCUUUCGUCACAGAUCUGCUGAGGUAAAAGGUCAAGCUUAUCUUAAACUCUAAUUUCCCGUGGGUUUAUAAUGUGUUUUUUCAUUUUAUAUGAUUUUCUAGUUGCUGGAAUAUUUCUGGAUCACCAUAUGAAUCAGAGCCGUGUCUGAAAUGAGACGAAUCCUCUCGUUUUUGUUUUAUCUUUUGUUCAUGUGAAAAACAACUUAUUAAAUAUCCUAAUAAGAACGUCUGUGUGUACAAUACAUGUAUGUGUACAUUUGCACCUUUAUGUGACUCUGUUACCAUUUUUUUCCCACCAUUGAUUAAGAUGUGGUUGAUUUUUAAAUGUUUUUUUGACAGAAAACACUAGCGGGAUCCAGCCAUACAAAAUGGGCAAAUCUCAUGACUAAAUGUUUCAUAUUUCACCUCAAAUCAUAAGCUAUUAUGAAAAUUAGGCAGUUGUUUGCAUUAUAAAUACUGGAAUGUUUAAGUACCAUUAGUUUUUUACAUGAUUAUGACAAUAAUAAAUACAUUUAUUUCAUCUAUUUCACAUCGUGUCUCAAAUUUUGAACAGUAAUGUGAGUUUAGCAGUUCAUAAUGUUACCCUAAACAUCUUAAAAAUUAAAAAUCUUAAGAAAAUAUUAGUAAUUUUAUGCAAUUCUCCGAUUAAAUGUAGUCUUUUUCUACUAUUUUGAGGUGAAAUGUGAAACAUUUUACUUUUUAAGAGAUUUUCUCGGAGCGAAUGUAUUACAUAAGCUUACCAAUGCUAAUUCAUGCUAAUGUUUGCGUUUUAUUACGCUGAACGCAAAUUGAACGAUUCUAGCAAUUGUGAUGAAAUAAUCCAGGAGAAAUGAAUGUUGGAACAAUGAUAUAUGGGUACGAAUGUCACUUAAUGAUUGUAAAAUACCGAUUUUUGACUUUACAAACACACACACACACACAUACAUACGCGCUUGUGUUUUCUCCUCAUGCUUCUAGCACGUGCAGGUGUGUAGUUUCUAAUAAUAAUGCCGUGUUUACACCACAUAUGAAUGUGAAUCCACCUUUGCCUGUACUGUUUGUCAUGAAAUCUGAUGAUUUGUGUUGCCUUUCUCUAGUUUUUACACCGCUGUUAUUGACCUAUACAUCACUUGUUAGAUUGUGCUACAGAUAUACAGCUUUCCCCUCAGCACUGAUCUCGGAACGGCGCCCCCCGGUUGUUUAAUCAGAAAUUGCAGCGCUGUAGAAGAAACAUGCUGUCAGAUCAGUUAUGAGGGAAAUCACAGCUCAGUCGAGUGUUUAUUCAGAUUCAGUCUUUCCUCAGAGAUGCGUUUCACUUGUGAAGGGGCCAACAACCUCAUGUGUGUUUUAAUAAAAGGUUCGGAAUAAACUCUGCUUUUCAAACCAAA